CAGGGCUACAGGCGGUGCAGAGGGCAGAGACACGAGAGCGAGCAGGACGUACAUCAGACUGCGAGGCCCGUCGUCCGAUGCAGGACGAGCAGAUGCCCAUCGCCAGACGGUAAGCUCAGGUCGGCGCGGCGGCGAGCGAGACUGCGAGCGCCGGACGUGGAGGUACUUGCAUGCGCGGGGGGGAGCUGUAGGGAAUGCGCAGAGGAUGGUAUGCUAGCCGUGGAGUGUGGAUUGCAGUUGGGCGGUGUCUUGGGGGGUGGUGUUUGGGUGAAUUGACCGGAGGAGGUUGGUGUUGUGGAGCUUUCCCGGCGGUGGCGGGCUUGCCAAAAAACUCGCUUGCAUGCACGCCCGUUUCUCUCCCGCCAGGAUCUGCUCAGGGACAUCAACCUCACACUUCACUCUAUCCGGCAUCACCAUCUGCCAUCUCCACGCUACGGCACCCUGAAACCAUUCCAUUCUCGCGUGAGUUGUUGGCUGGCAUUGAUGCCGUCCGAGUCGUGGCUGCUUGCGUCUCAAGACUGGUGUAUUCCUGUAUCCCAUAGCGAAUCAUAAUCUCAUACUGUUUUCGCCGCUUCAAAACAAUAUAUCGAUAUUCACGCUCGCCUUGAUAU